AUGCAAGAAAUUACGAGAAUUUUUCAAGGUGCGGCGAAUUUAGGACUCUACCAAGAAAAGAUCCUCAAGGAAGCUAUGGUGCCCUGGAAGCAAAAACAUCCCAAUUUUAUCUUUCAACAAGACUGUGUUCCAGCCUAUGGAGCCAAAACAACAAUCCACUUUCUGGAAACACACUUUUUGACUAAGGAUUUGUGGCCCGUGAACAGCCCGGAUCUGAAUCCAUUGGAUUUUUCUUCGAAAUGUAAAAAAUCUGGUAACUUUGCGAAGAGAAUUGAUCAAGGGAACAAUCUAGACCUAAACUACCUGCGCCGCACCAUCGAUCUGAAGAAACAAAUUAACGCCUGUGUCAAAGCUGAUGGCGGCCCCUUCGAAAAUUCUUUGUUAAAAAAUUCGGGAGCGGCACCUACUCAACUUCAGCAAGCGGGCAAUGAGAAAAAUAACAAGCCAGUCAUUCUUCAAGUCUUUCCUAUUGUUGACGCGAUUGUCUGA